CGGUAACGUCACGCCCCCUACCUUUACCAGUAGUCUGUGCUUUGGUGGUAUUAGAAACAAUGGCGUCAAUAAAACCAUACCAAUUUGAGCCCGAAUCGGACCCAGAAAAUUUUAAUGAAGAUGAACGAGCAGAACCUGUUCAAGAACGGCGUUUAAAUGACGUUUCAGAAUGGUGUACAUGUAAUAACUGUGCAAAAAUGCCAAUUGAAGAGGAAAACAUCUGCUGCAAAGAAAUACAGAAGAGCCGACUAUGGACCAGUGAGACGCAGAAAUGAAGAGGAGCGUUUCCGUUAUCUGGCCUAUCGCAGCUUUGUCAGCUGGUGCUGGGGCUACCUAGGACGUAGUGUGAGGGUUGUCAUCCCCUCAUGUGUUGUUAACCGGAUCCGUCUACAGUUUCCUGAUCCAGCGGGACAGUCUGUUGGGUUCCGGCCACCCCUCGACUGA